AUAUAAACACGUGACUUGGUUUCCUCCACACACACAUUCCUCCUCCUCCUUUCCUCCACUACCUCCACUUCGCUCCAGCAGACAUGUUCUCCCAGGUGAUCCUCGUGGGCCUAGUAGCCGCCGCCGCCGCUGCCCCCACCGGCCCCGAAACGCAGUACUCCGCCCCCAUCAACCAGUACGCGGCCCCCACGCAGACCUAUAAGGAGCCCAUACCGUACAACUUCCAAUACGGGGUUCAGGACGAGUACGCGGGCACCCAGUUCAGCCAGUCCGAAACCUCCGACGGCCAGCAGGUGACCGGCUACUACCAGGUGGCACUCCCCGACGGCAGGAUACAGAAGGUGACCUACGUCGCUGACCACUACGGAGGCUACAGGGCUGAGGUCAGCUACACCGGGGAGGCCCAGUACCCCAAGGAAUAUGGCCCAGCCGUGACUUUCCGGCCCCAGAUCGGCUACGGCCAGCCCCAGCAAGGAUACGCCUUCAUUAAAGAUCACUACUCCCUACAUCGCACACCUGUCCGGGAGGGAGUCAUACCUGCAAUCAGACAAGACAAACAAACAAACAAACACUCCACCAUGAUUGCCAAGGUCUCGCUGCUGACGCUCCUGCUGGUUCAGGUCAUCGCCGCCCUGCCUACUGACCUCGGUGCCCAGCAGAAGAGUUACGACCAGGAUGGCAUGCCUUACAACUUUGCCUACGGCGUGAGGGACGACUACGCCGGCACAGACUUCGGCCAGCAGGAGAACAGUGACGGCAACACGGUGAAGGGAACCUACACCGUGCAGCUCCCCGACGGCCGCAAGCAGACCGUGAACUACGAGGCUGACCACUACAAGGGCUUCGUGGCCGACGUGCAGUACUACGGUGAGGCACAGUACCCGCACGAGUACGGCCCCGCAGUCACAUUCAAGCCCCAGGGGUACGGACAGAGCGCCCCCGUUUACCAGCCCCAGACCGGGUACAACUAAGUCCUCUGAAACUUUUGUGAACUGUUUGUUGAGUUGAGACUGUGAAGUUUUCCAAGGCCAGGGAGCAACUAACACAUGAGACAUCUUUGCAAUUACACGACACCUUUGUUCACACCUGCUACCUAUCAAAACACCUGACAAACCUUUGCUAUCGGAAGUGACACCUUUGUACACAUCUGCUACCUGUGACUCUUUUGCAAACAUCUGCCAUCUCUCGAACACCUGACACCUUUGCGACCGGAAGUGACACCUUUGAACACAUCUGCUACCUUUCCAAACAUGUGGCACCUUUGCAAACAUCUGCCAUCUCUCGAACACCUGACACCUUUGCAAUUCCAUGACACCCUUGUACAGACCUGACAACUCACCGAACACCUGUGGCAUCUUUGCAAACACCUGUCAUCUUUCCCAAACACCUGUGACAUUUUUGUACACCUGUCGCCUUUCCCCAACAACAGUGACGCCUUUGUAAUCACGUGGAACAUCUUCGUGAACACCUGAGAAUUAUCAAAACACCCGUGACACCUCUGCAAUUACGUAACGCAUCUGUAAACACCUGACACUUUUGCAAUCACACGAGACACCUUUGUAAACACAUGUGGCGCACCUGCAAAUACCUGACGCUUUUGCAAUCACGAGACACCUUUGUAAACAAGUGUUAAAGGAUUAGCAGUUUGUCUUCAUCUCAGAAAUCGAUUGCUUCCCUGCUUUGUAUAAUUUUGGGUGUUUUCUUCGUAUUUGGCUCAACUUUUUUCCUCUUCUCUAUUUUAUUCUUGGGAGAUUUUCAUUUUAUUUUCCUUCGGGUGUUUUCCUUAGUAUGUUUAGUAUGUUUUAAGUUCAUCUUCUUUUGUAAUUUUAUAUGAUGUUGGGUAUUGUAGUGUUUAUUUUUGUACUGCUUGAGUGUUGCCGAGUGUGACCAGCCUAAGCUUCCUCCCUUCUCUGUCUUGGAUCUGGAUGAUGGAGUUGAUUCCUCGACUUUUUCAUCUGUUAACUUGUUCCUAUUUCAACAAUCCUCUCUCUGUGUCUAUUGGUUGUCUGAGCUUUGAGUUGUAUCGCUUGAGUGUUGCCGACUGUAACUGUUCUUAAUUUGUCUUCUAAAUGAGGACUGGAUGUCGGAGUUGGAUGUUAUAAACUUGUUCCUAUAUAAAGUCUAUCUUGUGGUUA